AUGGCCGCGGAGGCGGAUCAGAAAGUGGUGGUGCACGUGCGGUCAACAGGUGAUGCGCCGAUCCUGAAGCAAUCCAAAUUCAAGAUUUCAGGACGAGAUAAGUUUUUGAAGGUCAUAGAGUUUCUUCGCCGACAACUUCAUCAAGAUACACUGUUUGUCUAUAUCAACAGUGCGUUUUCGCCAAACCCGGAUGAACUGGUAAUUGACUUGUAUAAUAGUCUGCCAGGAAGAAGGGAGGAGACGAGGCAGAGCGGCAAGGAGAAGCAGCGCGCCGAGAAGGCCCACGUGCACGCCAUGCGCCAACGGGAGCUUGAGGAACCCUCCGUCACCGGCGGCGGCGCCGGCGCUGCCGAAGGACAUCGAGGCGCUCUGCCACAGGAACACGAGCGCAAACCCGACGACCCACGCGGCGGCGAGCAGCGGCUUGUUGGCCGCGACGAAGGUGACCGCGCCCCGGCGCUGGUGGAGCCUCCCCACGCCCGUCUCCACCAUCACGUCGCGCGGUCCCCGCGUGCCCCGAGAGGAGGAGGCGGCGUGGCUGGGCUCCGCUUCCCCGAGAUAUCGCGACCUAGGUCCUUGCGCCACUGGGUUCGGCUCCGCCACCACGGUCACCGGCUCCACAAGCAGCACCCGGUCCUUGCGCACCAGGUCUACGGCGCCGCCGCGGCGUUCGGCAGGCCCAAUGACGGCGACUACGGCGGCGAGAUGGGGUUCCUUGACGUUGUGGAGCCCAAGGCGACGGCGGCGCCGCGGUGGGCCUCGGGGUCUGCAAGGUGGAGCCUGGCCUGGCGGAGAGCGGCUGCGCGUUCGGCCUUGGCCCCGGCGUCCAAGAAGAAGAGGGUCGCGGCCGCGCGUUCGGCCCUGGCCCCAGCGUCGCGCCGCCGCCGGCCUCGGCGUCCAAGAAGAAGGGAGUCGGUGACGAAGGACCGGGAGCGGUGGAUGAGACCGUGA